AUGGUUGGCGUCCCGGGAAAGUAUAAGGGCUGCGAGACCUGUCGCCGCCGCCGCGUCACGUGCACCAAUGAGCGUCCGUAUUGCCGCAAGUGCAUCGCCAGCGGCCGGGAAUGCGAAGGCUACGAGCGCGAGAGAGUCUUCAUCACGGGCACGCCCGAGGAUCAUGGUCGCGUGGCCUCGCAUCCAAAGCGAGUGACGUCGACCAAGGCGCACUCGAAAUCUCCACAGCCCAAGCGAGAGCGCUCCGGAUCCCAUUCGCCCAAGUUUCCUCAGACGCUGAAUAACUCGGCCUGGGACGACAACCUGGACCUCUCUCACGGUGGCAAGAACAUUGCCGCGCUCCACACGAGCCUGCAUACUAUAGUCCGGUCCUCUGGCUCGACUCCCGACGGCAAUGGAUUUGGUGUUGCCCUCCCGCCCUACUCGCCGGUCGAGUUACACCGCAACCACAAUGGACACAUUGCCGGACAGGAUUCGCCGCUCUGGGUCAGCGCUCAGUGCCUGCUAUGCCACCACGGAAUCCAAGGUGGCUCUCAGUCCGUCGAGAGCUAUUGCCUCUUCUUAUUCGAGCAGGUCUCGCCCAAUUCAAACUGGGGAAUUGCUUCGGAAUCCAUGGUCAAGCGGCUGGGACCCUUGAACUUUACGUCCUUUCCGAACCACCAGUUUUUCGUUCGCGUAUACCGUCCGAUUGGCGUGUGCUUGGCCUUGUUGAACCGCCGCGAGACAUUUCUGUCGGACCCGGAGUGGAUUUCAUUGCCGUGGAAGAAUCACCGCAAGUCCUCUCUCGAUUCGCUGUUUGAUAUCAUGCUGCAGCUGCCUCUGGCUUUUGCGCAGACGGACAGCUUGAUACCUCAGACACCCUCCGUCGAGCGCCGCUACAAGGCAGAGGGGCUUUUACAAACCUGUCUGAUGCUUGAGCGGCAAUUUGCCGUUUGGCUGAGCCAAUCCAUGGGCAGCGCGGAGAGCUUCCAGGCCGUCGAGAAUGCAGCGGCUUUCAACAACGUGUACGAGUUUCACGACGAGCUGACGGCCUUUACGAUGCUCUACUAUUGGAUGUCGCAAAUCAUCUUUCACCGUUGCAUUUUGGAUCUAUGUGCCGUGAUUGACCAGCCGGUGCUAGACCCUUAUACCGGCGUCUGGCUUGCGCUGCCAAACAACUUGCGAGUCGACCCGGCGCAGUACCACGAUGGCCGUGAAAUGGCAACCAAGAUUCGCCGCGGACUCGACUCUGCGCUGCAGCGCACUUUGCAGCCAGACUUGCUCGUUGCGCCCAUGACGGUUGCCCUCGACUUUUAUCGCGACCUCCAGAUGGCCUCUCACGAUGGUGGUUUCGACAGCAUGACUUCGCAGGAAGGUGUCUUUGAGACUAUUGAGUUGGAGCUCUUUAGGACUCGACUGAUUGCAAAGGGUCAAGGCGUCGCAAAUAACCUGCAGCGACAACUUUGGAAUGAAACUGCGCAAUAUUGA